GCCUGCAUGUGCGGCCGGUUUAUGUAAACAAAAAUAGUUCCCUUACCAAAUGAUCAAAAACCAUCCAACAAGAUGACAACCCGAAUGAUCCAACGCGCUUUGCACACAGCUCGCUCCUGCCUUUUGGCCCGAGUUCCUCGUCGCGCCAAUCCCGGACUGGGCUACCAACUGCAGCAGCUGCAGGAGCAUCCUUCGAGGCCGAGCGAAGCUAGCGAGGAUUACGCCGAUCUGGAGUCGGACUUCAUGGGCGUCCAGAAGACCCAUCGGCAGUACGAGAAGGAGCAACUGCAGCAGCGGGAUCGCAUCCGCCAGUUUAUGAUCAAGCACAAGUAUUUUCGGGACUCCAAGUUGCCCAAUCUUUUGCUGCAUGCGGAAAAGGAGCAGAUGCGACUGCUCCACGAGCGGGAUCCCGAGGAGUGGAGUGUGGAGCGGCUGGCGGAGAGUUUUCCCGCCACUCCGGAUGUUGUGCAGAAAAUCCUGAGGGCCAAGUGGCGACCGAGGAGUGUGCAAAGGAUUCGCUCCCACGAUGAAACGGUCAUCCAAAAUUGGCAGCUACUGAGGACGGGGAAAGGUGACUUUAAUCUACCACCUCCACUUCUCCAGCAUCUCCAGAAAUUCGCUGAGCGAAGGAAACAGGAUCUGCGGGAACUUAAAACGCAGGAUUGGCCCACAAAAGCACAGCUGCCCAUUCCACAGGCCAAUGAAUUCCGAAAGCUACUGGGCAGUAGCAGUAAUCCAACACAAGAGGAACUGCAUCCUCAAUUACAAAUCCCAUCCGGCUAUGAAGCCCCACCAUCUGCAACCGAAGAUGAAACCUAUUUGCUGGACAAAAUCCGCAAUAAAAAGAAGAUGCGUCUGCAGGACCUCAAGGAAUUGAAGUUGGUGGAGUCUGCACCCAAAGUUCCCGAGGAACUGCAGCGCCCCAUUGAGAAUCCCAGUGGCACCGGCUUCCUGCCCAGCUUUGUGCCCAAGUUCGCGAGCAGCGAGAUUGUAAUCAGCGCUGCGGAUCAGCGGAAGUAUGAGAUAAGCCAGGUGAAAACCAGGAUUGUCAUCCCACGGAAACUGCAUCGCCAGGGAGCCACUUAUCGCGUGGAGGAUGCCUACUACGAUGACGAUGGGGAGCUGCUCUAUCGAGUGCCUGGGAUGACAGGAAGAGGUCAAUAGAUAUAAUAUUUUAAAAAUAUUUAUUCGAAAAAGAAGCAUUAUUAAAGUAAUAGAAUUCAAAAAGUGGUUUUAUCCACGGUUUUAAUCAAAAAAAUCGUACGCUUGGGAAACCACUA